GUUGAAUACUCAUAUUCUCUCGCUCUAUUCUUGGUUGUUGCAUUUAGCUGUGUUCAAGCGAAUGUUGCACAGUAUUGCCGUACUGUUGGACAUAUUUGCAGAACGUCGCACCAAGAAUAUUGCAUAGGCGAGAAAAUAAAGACAUCUCAAGUUGACCCUAAUAAAGGGUUACAGUUGGCCUUAACAUGGCCAAGACAGCAGUUCUCCUUUUAUUUUGUCUGCUAUCUGGUGCUGCAGGGCAAAGCUUGAAUUGCAAUUUUGAAAACAAGUUUUGCAACUACAAACAAGACACAAGUGAUACAUUUGACUGGGUUUGGAACACGAAGGGCAAUGGAGGCAUAAACAAUGGACCUGCCACCGACCACACCCUUCUUUCCCCACAGCCAAUUAAGACGAUAGCAGGUAAUGCCAACGGUGCUAAUUGUGUGUUCCCGUUCACCUACAACAAGAAGACAUAUACAAAUUGCAUCAAUAUCAAUCACCCUUACAAAUGGUGCUCUACGACAAGCAACUACGAUAAAGACAAGAAAUGGGGCAAUUGCAUUCCUAAAGGUAAGAAAUAACCAGACCAAUCAAUCAAUCAUUCAAUCGACCAUUCCGAAAUUCAAACAGAGACUGGUCAUAAGCGCAAUGCAGUUUGAAUCACGAAACAAAUUCCAUAAAAAGAAAAUAACACUAAUUGUUGUCUUUCGUUUYAAUUUUCGUUAAAAAUGAACGAUUUUUACACUCGUUCCCAGUCUCCCUUUGAUUUUCAGAAAAGCCAAUACCCAGUCAAUAAUGUCCAAAGGUUCAUAUGUAAAAUACUUGACGAAAAUGCAAUGUUUAUCAUCUGUCUUUUGGUUUUCUUUAUCAAUUCAUUAAAGUAUAAAAAUAUUCACGAAAUUGCACAUUUGUGGAAUGCAAAUUUACCCGGUUUGUCGAUCACGUGCA